ACCCUUGGGUGCCUCCCGCAAGAGGGGGGGGUCUGCGCUCUGCAUAUCUUCCCUGAACCCGGUCCCGGCGGAAGAGAGGGAUGGUCCCCAAGAUAAGCCCCCAAGGGCUCAGUCGGCUGUACGAGGCCACCUGGGCAGGUUUCCUACCAGACCUCCAUGGACUGAGAUAGUCAAGAGAGAGGCCCAACCUGAGCCAAGCCAAGGGGGCUCUGUGGUGAGAGAUGCUCUUCCUUCCUUCCAGCAUGUCCCCCAUCCUCCUCCUCCUCUUCUUCCUCCUCUUCGCCAGCAGCAAAGGCCAGACUCCCUGCAGUGGCGCUGGGACGCAUGACUGCCCAAAGCCCGGCGAAGAUGUCUACACCAAAACCAGGGACAUCACGGAGAUCCCCAAGACCCCCGACCCCAGCAUUACAAAGAUGUUCUUUAUACAAACCAGCCUCACUGAAAUCCCUGCGGGGGCCUUCCAGAGUAGGCCCAACCUGGUGACCCUGGAGUUCAUAGACAACAAGAUCCGGACGGUGGAGGCCGGAGCCUUUGACGGCCUGGAGAAACUGGAGGAAAUGGAAAUGUCCGGGGCCCAGUUGGGGAGUUUGCCCGUUGACACCUUCCGGGACUUGCCUCGCUUGAAGAAGCUCAACUUGAAGAACUCCCAGAUCACCUGGCUGGAGAAGGGCCUCUUUGACCACCUUGGGAACCUGGAGGAGAUGUACCUGCACAUGAACAGGAUCCCUUCCCUUCCCGAUGGGGUUUUUGAUGAGCUUCCAAAACUCAGCUCUCUACACUUGGCUGACAACAGGAUUUCCAGGAUCCUGAGGGACACCUUCAGGCCCCUGACCCAGCUGAAGACCCUCCGGCUGCAGAAGAACCAGCUCAGCAGCCUGUCAGAGGGAAGCCUGGACAGCCAGCACAGCCUGACGGAGCUCAACCUCGCCAGCAACAAGAUCCGGACCCUCCCACCUCACCUGCUGAGGAAUCUGUCCAACCUGGAAAAGCUUUUCCUGGAGAAGAACCAGAUCAAUUUUCUCCCCAAUGUGAUGUUCUUCGGGUUGCGGAAGCUGAAGCAGCUGAACCUGGCUUCUAACCAGCUGAAAGUCCUCCCUGCUCAGAUGUUUGGAGAGCUGCCUCAGCUCUCUGACCUGGACCUGAGCAAGAACUGGAUCUCCUCUGUGGAGGGCCUGGUGCCGUCUUCUCUGCCACGAAUGGCCACCCUCAAGCUCAACCAGAACCGCCUGGAGAACAUCCCAGAAGGUCUCUUUGAUAACUUUGAGAAUCUGACCUCGGUGUAUCUUGGUGGGAACCCAUGGCGGUGUGACUGCCACCUUCACGCCUUUCUCCAGUGGGUCAGAGGUCACCCCAAAAAAGUGAAGGAUGCCUCCAAGGUAAUGUGUGCGAGCCCCGAUGAUCUCUCUGGGAAAGCAAUCGGGUUUCUGACGGAGGAACAACUGAUCUGCUUGACCACUAGGCCCCCUUCCACCAUCAUGGGAACCACAUGACUGACAACUGCCACUACUGCCAGGAAAGCCACCACACCUCCAGCAGCCACUGAGAAAUUCCCCACAGCUGAUGUUACUACAACUACCACCCCCGAGUCCACUGCUGCCAAGGCUCCCACCACAACCCCUGAAAUCCCCACCAGCCCAGAGGGUCCUGCCACAACUCCAUUGAUUGUCCUCACCUCAGAAAGUCCCAUCGAAACCUCACGGAUCGUGACUACCAGAAGGACUUCUCCUGAUACCACCACCAGCAGGAGAGAGACACCAACUCCAGAGAUCACCACCACCCACUCAGCUAUGUCCACAGAGACACAGCCUCAGACUACUGUGAAGGCUUCAAGCACAACUUCUGAAUCCAUCACAACCACAACCAUGACCCCCACAGUUGACUGGACGGUCAGUGAGGCUCCCUCCACAAGCUUUGAAAUCAGCACUGCAGGGCCUCCCACUUCAGUCAAGAAACACUCCGAAACCACCAGAGAGAUUUCUGAUGUAGUCUCUGAGUCCAUCACAACCACAACUCCCCAAAUCACCUCAAUCACAACAGAUGUCCCACCUACAACCCCUCGAGUCACAAGCAUCAGGAUUAUUCAAAGCACAGUCAAUGAGUUUAGCACAGAUCAGACUUGGACACCAUGGAUGACCACAGAAACAUUAACUGGCUCCAACCCCUCAACUACCACUGUGCCAGUUGUCACCAAGGCCACCACGGCACCCACAGUGGAUCCUAAUACUCCCACAAGUAGCCCUGAAACAACCAGCACAUCUCCAUCCCAGGGGGAGACCUUCCUUUCUGUGGGCACCACUGCAAUGUUCUCCAACGCUAGUUCACCCUCUGACUGUCCCUCUGCACCCUCCUCUCCUGCAGACCGAAGCCCCUCCCAGACCCCCACCACACCAUCUUCAGUGGUCACACUGGCAGAUACCUCUCUCUUUAUGGACACGGCCACGAUGCCCUCCCUUCACUCCACAACCAACAGCACCUGGAGCUUCCCUGUUUCCCUCCUCCCAGUGACAAGAACUUCUCCCCAGAGCUUUGGGGUCCCUGGGCCCCAAUCCCAGAGCAAAGGCUGGGGCUUCUUCCUGAGCACCAAUUACCAUUACUGCUGGAUAGCAUGCAUGAUGUACUCCUCUAUGCUUUGCAUUGAGAUCUGCUGCACGGUUGCCUUGGCCACGUUUGUGUACACGCUGCACAGGGCCACAAGUGCCCAAGAGGCCCUGCCGGGUUCUGUGAGGCUGGUGAACAUCAGGCGCAGGAAGGAGAAGCUCUGAAGGGCUUCAGGGAGCAGGAAAGGAGGCCCCUUCACCUCCCUGCCCACGUCAUAGGCUGGCCUCAUAGGAACACCCAGUGCUCUGACCACUGUUCACCACUAUCGUUGACCACUUCCUCUGGAGCUGAAGGGGUGGCUCUCACACCAGGAAAGUGGCCACUCCCACUUUGACCAGCUGGCCAGACUGCUUUAAUUCUACAGCAUGGAUGCAUCCAAGGAGACAACUGGUCAAGAGAAGACAGAGAGUGGUACUUCCAGUGCAACAGUGUAUACCCAGCAUCCACUCUGGCUCGAGAAACAGAAAGUGGCGGGAUAAGGCCCACACCUCCUCUCUCUCCUUCAUCUCUGCAAAUCCCCAGAGGUGAGGCCCAAGUGGGGCAUGGACCUCAACGCUCCCCCAAUUUUAAUUGUUUUGAUUUGAAACAGAGGAUGGUUCUACACAGCCGUUUAAUCCAAGUCAAGAUACGGAUGACAGAAGCGUUUCAUUGCAAAGUGCCUACACAGGCGCCCCAGGAACCGGCUGGGGUCUAGGACAGGGGCCGUGAAAAUCUGCUGUUUGUGAUCCAUCUGAAACCAGGGUUUUUUUCUUCCUUAACAAAUCUGGUGGGAUGCUCUGAUGCUUACACUUGUGAAUUAUUCCUGUUUCUUCUUUCCUUGUUUCUCCUUUCCUAAUAAAUGAGGUUCUCAUCAAAAAAUAA